AUGGACUCCGAAGGGACAGAGACAAGUAGGAGAAAUGACAGCGUUGGACAGGAUAUUAGGGCUGGCUUUGGUUUCUUUUGGAUAUUGAGGGCCAUACUUGACAGGGCAGCAUUGCUAAUACUUACAACUUUGCAGAAUGAUCCAAGUUGUCUUGAGAAAGACAAGCCAAUGAGAGUACCCCCAAGUAGCGUGGAGCAUUCAAUCAUCCAACAUCUAGUAACAGGAGCAUCCAUUUAUCGGCAAAUUCCCGUCACAAAUUUCAUGUGUAAAAGUGAGGACAUUAAGCCGCUGUCAAAGAGAUAUUUUAAGUUUGAUGAGGAAUUACUUUCACCAUCAGUGAGGCGUGCAGAGAGGACGACGACAUCUGGAUCAUCAGGAGACGGCUCCAUGAUAAAUUCAUCCCCAUCCGUUGACACGGUGAUAGAGGAUCUAGUGACAUGUCUGCAUACAGUACAGGAUGUUCUUUCCAGCAUGGAAACACAGGUUGCAGGUCCUAUAUUCUGUUAUCAACCAAUCUUGGAGCAGCAAGACGGCAAUUUAUUGAUGAUUGCCAUGGGCAUAGAAAGGAACUUGGACAUGCUUGAAUACCAUCAGGUUAAGAAGGAUGAGAACACUUCGAUAAGAAUAUUCAACCACUUGAAACACUUGCUGCAAUCCAUUUUACCAGUUUUAUCAACAACAUUUGAGGAAUACCUUGUGAGCAUGAAUCUGAAAAGGGCAACCUCUGUUCUUCAGAGGCCAGGUGGCUUGACAGCACCCAUUAUGCCUAAUCUGGAUAACAUCAGAAGCCAACUUGCCACUGCCAGUCCAUCUGUGGAGAUGCAAAACCAGUCAGGAAUGGAAGAAACAAUAGAGAUGCAGCUUGUGGAGAAAGGACAAGAUGGUAUAUAUUUAGUGCCGUUUCUUCUUUCUAAUGAGGCUGAAGAUUUUGUUGUCCCAAUACAGAAUAUAUAUAAUAAUGCAAGGGUGAAACAACAUUUUGACGCGAGAAUGCUGGUUAACCUUUCUGGCGGAUCCACAAUGAUUUCCUCUAAAGUUUCAGUUACGAGCUGUAUAAAUGAACUAAUGAAUGCCCAUGUAAUCAACUCAGACAAUCAUUUGCCUCCUGUGCACAGCCAUGAAUUUAUAAACUGGAUAGAAAAUCUAUUUUCUGUUUGUGGUGGUAGUCGAAAGGCACAUGACCAAAAGAUGAAGGAUCUUGAGGAGGUUAUUCAGUGUGGUUUGGCUGGAAAGAAGUUUCUGUUAAUUUUGCAUGGUAUCUCUGAAGAUCAAAUGGCCCAAUGGGAGUAUUUGUUCAGAGCAAUCAAGUCUGGCAGCAAAGGCAGCAAAAUUAUUGUUUCAACAAGAAGUGCAAAUGUGGAAAAAUCAGUGAGAAAUGUAAAUAUCCUGCAGAGUGAUGAAGUUGAGAACAAUGUAUCUUGGCGCUUUUUCAGAAACUUUGCCUUUGACAGCUUUAACAUAGAUGGUUAUCAAGUGGAACUUGGCAUACAAAUGAGUACUCUGUUGAGGCGGUUUCCUAUAGCCAUGAAAAUGAUUGGAUGCAUGUUAAAAAAUAACCCUACGAAGAAAUUUUGGAGAAGUGUUUACCAAAACAUAAUCCAAAUAGUAAUAGACAGAAAAGAAGCAGAUGAUCACGUCCAACUUCUCUCACUCCUCAAACUGUGUUAUGAUCAAUUGCCUGCACCUGUAGGCCUGUGUUUCAGUUAUUGUAGCUUAUACCCUAAAACCUGGAGGUUCACAGAUCAAAGUUUAAUUCACAUUUGGAUGUCGGAAGGAAUCACGGAAGAUGUAGGGAGGAGAUAUUUUGACUGCUUGUACUCAAGAGGCUUUCUUGAACUAUUAAAUCUGCAUUGCAGACAAUCUCCAACAUGCUAUGUUAUGCAUCGUUCUGUUCACCGUUUGGCAGAAGUUGUCUCUGCAAAAUGGUUCCGUAGAGUUGAGAGCAAUUAUCUGCCAGCAAGUUCACGACUUAUGACCCAUAUGUCAGUUACGAGUGGUUUUCUUCCCACCUUACGGAAGUUCAGAUGGCGAAUCACUGAGCUGCAUCUGCGCACUCUAAUUGUGUUUGGUCCAUCUGAACAUACUGAACCCAGCACAGAGGACAUUCUUGAUGAAAUUCUUAGAAGCCAGAAGUAUAUAAGAGCACUUGAUUUAACUGGAUGUGGUAUGCAGAAGCUGCCUGAACUGUCCAAUGAGUCGAGACAUCAUCUUCGCUAUUUGAGCCUCCAAGAUACCGGUAUUGGAACACUGGAAAAUUUUGACAAAUUUUACCAUCUCCUGGUUUUUAACAUCCGAGGUUGUCAACUAAGAAGUUUGCCAGAUCAUACUUCACAAAAAUUAUUGAGAGUAAGGCAUAUCAUUGGACCUGCUUCCCUGGUUUCAUCAAUACAUCAUAUCGGGAAUCUCAAGAAUCUUCAAGAGCUACAAGAGUUCAGAGUUGGUAAGCGACCUGGGCAUGGUAUAGAGGAGCUACAAGAUAUGAAUCUGAGAAAGUCACUCUCUAUUACAAACCUCGAGAACGUAAUAAGUGCAACAAAAGCAGGCGAGGUUAACUUAAGCUUGAAGACUUGUCUUGUUUCUCUGAGACUAGAAUGGCAUUCCGCAGAGGAAACCUCGCAAUCGAUGAGCACAGUAGUUCUUGAACAGCUCCAACCACCGAACUCUCUCAAUGAACUGGAAAUCAAUGGGUACCCAGGCUUCGUAUUUCCCACCUGGUUUACCGAAGAUCAUCUGAUAAAUGUGAAGAAAGUCACACUGAGGAAUUGUUCGUUUGUCAGUGUGAUUGCCCCUCUGGCCAAGUUUCCUAGUUUGGAAGAGCUGAUUUUAGAGAGAUUUUCUAUGUUGGAGAGAAUAUCAGAAUCUGAAGAAUCUGAUCGGACAAGUUACUUCAAAUAUCCUUUCAGAUUUUUAGGGUUUCCAGCAGAGACAUCCUGUCGCUUCCCAAGAUUGGUUAAACUUCGCAUUGAGGAUAUGACAGUACUAGAAGAAUGGACAGAGCAACAACCAUGCUUCCCCUGCCUUGAGGAACUUACAGUAAGGAACUGCCCGAAACUCGCUGUUUUGCCUCCUCUUCACCAUGCUAGAGUUAACAGGAUGCAUAUAGAGGGGUUGCCAUUGAUAUCCUUUAAUUCUUCUAGGAUGGGAUCAGUUGUUCCUUUUGGUGCAUUUCUGGAUGUUCCUAAUCGAUGUCCCAAUAGAGUUGAAGCUAGAGCAUUGCAGCCAUCUAGGGUGUUCAUCCUGCGACAUUGCCCCAACCUAUCAACUUUCACAAUUACAGCAGACAAUUCUAGUUCUAGCCACGGCUUUGGGCCUCUACUUCAGCUAGAAAUAACUGACUGCAAGAAACUGAAGUCCAUUCAAGGUGCAUUCGCCUUUGUUGAGAAGCUGUACAUUGAGAAAUGCCACAGUUCUCUGAAACUGCAUAAUGGCAAUGCGAUGAAAUCACUCCACACUCUGCAUAUCGACAGCGUCGCAACGCAUAUGGAUCCAUUUCUGCUUGGCCUCCGGGCUCUCAGAAUCCUGAUCAUCAAAGACAGCGAAGAACUGAACUCACUCGAUGUAUUGCUGGAAUCUGACCAUUUGCCGGAUACACUGGAGCAGCUGCAGUUGAUCAACUGCAACAGCAUCAAAUCGCUGCCAUGGAAUAUGGACCGGGUCCUAGUUCUUGAGAGCCUCCAAUUGAUCAACUGUCCUAACAUGCAAUUCUUGCCUUGCCUGCCUAAUAAUCUGACUGAACUGCGCAUCAGUGGUUGCCCCAUUCUGAAGGAGAAGUAUGGCGAAUAUGGUCCUGAAUGGGACAACAUAUCCCAUGUGCCUUAUGUUUCUUUUGAUUAAGAAUGAAUUGUUUUCUGAACGAUGUGUUCUUAUUAGAGAAUGUGUGUUCUUUGACUUGUAGUAGAUUUUCAUUUAGUGAUUAUUGGUAUUACAUUAUGAGUAGUAAUAUUUCUGGGGUUGUAAAUCGCUUCUUGCGUGACUACUGACUAGAGUAUUAUUACUCAUCACGCUUCUAAUUGCCAAACACUUCGAAAUUUAGGGUUCACUACUUCGGUAUAGCACAAAAAUAAAAAAAAAUGAUGUCGGAGGUCAUCUCAUCGAACUUCAGAAAUUUCGGAAAUCCUAUUAAUGAUAAAAAAUAAAUUUCAGAAAUAUCUAGAAUGCUCUCGGGAAUUUCGAACGAAAGAUUCAAACAAAUUACUAAUAAAUUUGAAUAGAUUUUGCUGCAUUUGA